AUGUCAACUACUCGCAAAAUCACUGCUGUGGUAAAAGUUCACUUCAACGAACAUGGCCUUGACGAUCGCAUGGUCCCUGGGUUCCGCUGGAGUCAGAUGGUGCCGAUAUCGGCCACAGUUAUGACGAUUGAACUUUACAUUCCCUACUGGUCUAUGGCCGACCUUCGUGCUGGUCGUGACACCGGAUUCGAGAAAGGCGUGGGACUGUCUCUUAGGCCCCUACAACGAUUGGAAAGAAGGUUCAGCGGUGUGCUGAUAUCGGAGAUGGUUGUCCACCGCCGCGAUGGUCGCGUGAGGCCACCCAUUAUGAUCGCCAACGAUUUGAUGCCGGACGCGGCAAAGUAUGGUUCUCCUGCCUUCAAGUACGAGAAGUGCCCCAUGGAGUGGGCCACUGUCGUCGAAACCUUCGUGCACGGAGUAGUCAUCAAGAUUGCUGCAGGGGAAGAUGACUUCCGGACGGGCUCAUCUUCAGCGUCAACAACACCUUCGUCUACAAAUGGCAGGCAUGCUUUGGAAGACAAGGAAUCCGGCGAAUCAGAGGCAGCUCCUCCAAGGCCUGCUCCAUGGAACGAUACUCCGAAAGUCCCAUCUUCUGCACCGACGGCAAACGCACCUUCCAAGAGUAGGAAGCGUGCUCGGGACGAUGAACCGUCUACGGAGACGGAGGCAGCUCUGCCUCACAAGAAGGCACGAACGCGAAUCGCCAUGGUCCCAACCUCCCGCGAGAACCGGAGGUCAGAGCGAACGACCUCGCGGAAAAGCAAUGAGAGGACUCGCGCGGGCGCUGCUCGGAUUGCUGGGCGGCUGACGACGAAAGCUACUGAGGUGGCCACAACCAGGGCCACGGCAACCACGAACGUCCACACCAUGACGGUGCCAGUUGUCCCGCCAAUGCCGCUUCCGUUCAUGGCUCCGCAGCCCAUUUACUAUGGUCCUGCAUCGGCAGCGGUAACGCCAAUGCCACCCCAGUUCGUGGCUCCGCAGCCCGUCCACCAUCGCUACCCUAUCACGUCGAUGUCGGCCAUUGGAGCAGGCCCCUCGCGGUGGUUCCCAAAUCAGGUGGCUCCAGCUCAGCAAUUUCGUCCCGUGAGGCCCGCAGCAUCGUUAGCGGGUAUGCCUUCAGUUGCUGUCGACUGGGAACCCCGCAGGCCCACCACAUAUGCGCACACAACGUGGACAAUGCCUCCAUCCCCGACUGGCUUCUCGCAGCUUCCAAAUAUCGCACGGUCACUCCGGUCGCGAGAUAUGCGGGAAUCGGCUGCGCCACCACCACCACCAACUGAUGCGGCAUAUGAGUGGAUGCCCGCUCCGCCACAAACUCAUGAGGCUUUACCGUCGGGUUUACAUGCUCACGCUUCUGCUAUUGUCCCAGCUCCACUCGUGCUGCCCGGUAGCCCCAUCGUUCUCCCACAGGAGUUUGAUGUUAAUGAGUUUGGCGGGGGUGAAUUCGGCCCAUUCACCGACGCGUACCUCUCCGCCCUAGGUGUGGGUAUGACAGGGACCAGUAACCCCACUACCGGUUCCUCCCUGUAG